AUGCGUAUUUCCAGAGCAUCUCGCAUCACCUCCCCGCCGCGAUAUGUAAUCGCGGCAGUCAUUGCCUCCACAGGCGGUGUCCUCAAUGUUUUCGAUACGGGCGUGAUCGGCCCUAUCACUACCAUGUCAUCGGCGAACUCGCGCGCAAUAGCACUAGGAGCCCUGCUCUAUGCAAUUGGCGCUAGCAUUGAAGCUGGUUCCAGAAUCAUAAGGGUCCUCUUAUUCGGACGGCUUGUUGCUGGAGUAGGGGAAGGAUUCUUCCUGAGCACCUUAGUCGCCUACAUUUGCGAGAUCUCCGCCGCCAAACAUCGCGGGCUUCUCUCCUCACUCAUACAGUUCUUCAUUACCUCUGGCCCUGUGAUGGGCUAUUUUUCAUGCUAUGGCACUGUUAGCAUCCAGUCCAGCUUUUCGUGGCGAUUCCCGGUCGCCAUGCAGUCUGGAAUCGCACCGUUCCUGACAGCGGCCUCGCUUUUCUAUCUCCCAGAAUUACCGCGGUGGCUUUUUCAUCACGGCCAUGGAGCUGGUGCGGAAGCGGCUUGUAUCAGACUUGGCAUCUCUAUCGUUGAAACUGAUAAUCUAGUAGAACGGGAAGAACCUUCGCAUGAGCACCGAAACGAGGAAGAGUCGUCAACUCUUGUCCUGGGUCCUGGGGCGCAGAAGCAGGCGCUUCUGGGUGCGUUCUUGAUGUCGAUGCAGCAAUUUAGUGGAAUUGAUGGGGUCAUCUAUGUAUGCAGUAUGCCCCUCUACGUUUUAAGCAAGCCGGAUUAUCUUCAUCGACAGCUUCCUUUAUGGCUUCAGGAGUAUCCGCUCUCCUCCUCUGUCUUGCUUCUGUCUCUCUACGCUGACAAAAUAGGGCGGCGUGCGUCCGCAUUGUAUGGGGGAUCCAUUCACGCAGCCAACAUGGCUCUAAUUGGUAGCCUUUACGCUUCAAAUAGCGUUCACGCGGUUUCAGGCGCCGGCAGAUGGGUCGUUAUCGUCUCGAUAUAUCUAUCCUCAAUAACUUACAGCAUGAGUUGA